CCUUCUCCCUUCCUUGCACACCACCCCCCGUAGGAGAAGGCCUCACCCUCCAGUUCCAAUUUAGAAUCUUUUUUUUCUUUCCCUGCACCAAUUCCACACGUCUGGUUAGUUGGUUGGUUGAUUCCUUGUCUAGUAUAGGAUUCUUUCUGCUCUUGUUUUUUUUGGGGCUGCCCUGUGUCUUGCUUGGCUUGAGCUGGCUUGCUAGAGGAUUCCGGUGUGGGGGGUUUCUUCGCCGGCGGCGGCGGCCAUGGCCAAGCGGCGGAGCAGGUUUUCUUUUGCCAGGUUUAGCUGCUUCGGAAGCCAAACUCGGACCAAGAUGGCAGAGGAUGGCUAUCCAGUUAAGCUGCAUAUAUACGAUCUUAGCCAGGGGAUGGCGCGCCAAUUGUCGACAACAAUCCUAGGCAAGGCUAUUGAGGCAAUUUGGCAUACGGGUAUGGUAGUCUAUGGGAGGGAGUACUUCUUCGGUGGCGGCAUUCAGAAGGAUCAUCCUGGAAGAACACAAUUCGGAACCCCUGUCCGAGUUGAAGAUCUUGGGGUCACCCAUGUCCCCCGGGAAGUCUUUGAGGAUUUCCUCCAGGAGAUCAGCCCAAGGUACACUCCGGCGACCUAUAGCCUGCUCAGCAACAACUGCAACAACUUCACCAACGAGGCCGCGCAGUUCCUCGUCGGCUCCGCGAUCCCCAGCUACAUCCUGGAGCUCCCGAAUGAGGUGAUGAACAGCCCGAUCGGCGCGCUCAUAUUACCGAUGAUUCAGGGGUUGGAGACAAGCUUGAGAGCUGGAGCUGCUCCUCAGCCGCCUCAGUUCAAGCCUGAAGCGGCGACGCACUCGCCUUCCAGUGGCAUCCAUGUCGUCCAGCCGAAAUCAACAGCAGCCGCUGACAACACGGACGCUAACGACGGCGGCAGGAUUCCACCGGCGGUACGACCUGCUCCGUCGGCGGCGGCGGAGACGUCGCCAAAACCAGUAGCAGUGGCCGAGGUGAGCGCGUCGGCGGUGACUCCGGCGGUCGUGGAUCCCCUCCGGGAGGCGAAGAGGCGGGUGCAGGAGGAGAUAAAGAGGGAGUUCGCGGCGAUCAUGGCGACGGGCGCCGUGCAGGCCGGCGAGGCGGCGGCGCUCGCCACGAGGAGGGUCAUGGAGCGGCACGGGCUGCGGCGCGCAGCCGCCACCGCCACCGGCGGCGGCAUCCAGCGAGGGUAGAGUAAGAACGGACGCUGCCCACGCCACGACCACGAGCGAUCGAGCAUGUUCGUUGUAUAUAUGUGCAAGAACAGCAGAAGCUCAUUGCGUAAAUUAAAUCCAUUUCUCUACACUCCCAUCAGAUCAAGAAUGAUCCUUUCGUAUUUGCGGCCUCCUUGUUGCAUCAAACCAGAACCGGUUUGGAAAAAAAAAAACCAAGAACUGAAAUUUCAUCGGAAAAGAUACAAAUUCACAUCGAGUUCAUCGGAGACAGUACAGAAUUUGCGACGAUGACGACGUAGUGUUUGAGCCGAGUUUGUCGCUUCCAAAAAAUUGAAAAAAUAGGCCUCCAAUCAUUGUGUUUCGCAGAUUUGUCUCUGAACC